AGUGAUUCACAGGCCAAUCAUAGUCAGGCAUCGGACAAUCUCACUCCGGAAGUUACUCUCUGCGUCUUCCAAACUAUGGCGGGCGUUUUGCUGGAGAAUCGCAGCAGGUGUCGUGUAUUAUGCUGUGUUUGCUUACGCCGUAAUGAAUAAUGUAAACGUGACAAAACCUCGUGAAGUCGUAGUAUUUAUUUACUAUGAAAGCACUGUAACGAACGUAUUUUACACCCGAGAAAAAAUAAGAAGCCCAAAUUCGACAUGGAUGAUGAGUAUCUCCGCCUGGAAGAUACAGAUAAGCUGUUACUUCAACUUGCAUUUCAGAUACACGAAGUAAUGACCUGUAAAGAUAAAGAAAAGCAGAAGAUUGAAAUUUUAUCUUCUAGUGUUGCAGAGAAAAAGAAUUGCAUUAAAGAACUGAAAACCAAGCUUGAAAACCUGGAUCAAGAAAUUGGUGAAAGGCAGAAAUGUCUUGCACAUUACAAAGAUAAUUAUAAAAGUUUAAAGAUCACUAACUCCCUUCUUCUUAAGUAUGAGAGUGAGCUGAAGACAGAGCUACAAAAUCAACACGUACAAACUGAGCAAGAACUAACAAAGUACAGAGAACAAUUAGAAAAUUAUUCUGAAGUUUAUCAGCAAUUCCAGGGUGCAAAUUGUCAAGGUCCUCAAUGGCGGCAGCUUUUAGAGAAAAAAUCGGAGCAGCAUCAGGUGGAACAGAGAAUCAAGGCUUAUGAAGAUGAGAUAGAAAUGCGAAAGAAAAUGAUGCAGGCUCUAAGAGAUUAUACACCUUUACCAGUUCUCAGUCAAUAUGUAUUGAAACUUGUUUCCCUAAGACAGAAUACAAUACAACUUCGAAGAAAGACUGAACUAGCACGGCAAGAAAUGCUAACGAAUAUGUUUAAGGAUAAAGAAAACAAAACUGAACAGAUAGACAAAGAAAUUACAGGACAUGAAUCCAGUGAAAACAAGGAACUACAAAGUAAUGAGAGAGUGUCUGCUGGUAACUUACCCAAUGAAAAGGAUAGAUACACUAUUAAUUUUGAAACAUCAGCAGAAGUGGGUAAGCAGAUGUUAUACAAUUUUCUGGUCAUCACAGUUUUUUUUUAGAUGAAUAUGGAGUCA